AUGAAGGAAGUGGAGGAGUCGUCCCUGUCCCUCUCGGGCCUCAUCCCGCCCAUGGGCCACCCGCCCUCCCUGAGGGAGGCCGGCGCCUUCGUGGGGGCAGCCCGCAAGGCCUCCUUGAAGCAGCCCCUGAAGUUCGACAACGUGCAGGGCUUCAUCGUGGAUUGCAUGAAGCAGACGGCACGGGGUGAGCCCUCCACCCCGUCCUCUUCCCGCGCGGACAAGGCUCUUGGCAUCCACGAGCCAAAGCUGGUAAUUCGCCUGGUGCCCUGUCAGAAGGGCCGGACCUACUGGGAGGGCAGGCCGGCCAUCCGCAACAUCUUGCCCACGAAGGCGAAUCCAGAGCUGGAGGGGCACGAGCAGAUGGUCGAGACCGACAUGAACCUCAUCGCUCGAGAGGUUCUGCUACCAGUGGCCAUGAAGACCCAGGCUCUGAUCAUCGGGACCAGCUCGUGCAGCCUCACCACGGCCUUUGCUGAAGUCUCCGCGCCGAUCCAGCGGCGCUAUGGGGAUGAAUGCCCGUUCCUUGGGAUUUAG